AUGCCAGAAGAAGAGGAGAACAGGAUUGGGAUAUUUGGAUCAGGACUUCGGAAUGAGAAUGGUAACCGUCUUGCUGGGCUCUUAAUCGCCACACGACUUUUUCAUGACUCCAUCUUCAUGAAAAUAGCACACCGGAGCCAAUACCAGUUGCAGAACAGCUUUGCAAGAAGAUCUUCGAAAGUUCAGGCAAUCAAAACUCUUGGAAGCAGGACAAGGAAGGAGAAGUUUAAAGAAGUACCGCAGGGACCUUCUCGACGAUCGUAUUCCGCUGACAACAUUACUAAACGAAGGGGACUCGCACAUCUUCCCGACAAAAGAUGGAAUCGAUCACAAAGAGAUUCUACACCAAUCUUUCUUGUUCGUCAGCACCCAUGUCAAACCCCGUUAUUCCCACUGGGGAAAUACCACCAAGGAUUCUACCUGCUCAAGUACGCGCCGCAAUUCAGACCGUGA